CAUGACUGACUGACCGACCGACCGCCGCUGUUGCUGCUUCUGCUGCUCGCUCUCCGCCUGCGCGCUUCGCAUCCGCCCUCGCUGCGGCACCAGCACCAGCACCACCAAGGCACGCGAGGCUACAUCACGUCAGUGCGCUGUGAACGGGGGAUUUUGAGCCGGGGCAGGGGCUGUUGUUGGUCCCUGCAGCUUCAUUCAUUCAUUCACUCACAUACACACACUUACAUAGAUACACAUACCCUCCCACCCACUCAUCCACCCACUCAUGCACCCACUCUUCCCGGCGCUGCAUGUUAUGAUCCUCAUCACCUGCUGUGACCAAACGCUCUCCCUGCUUCUGCUACUCCACAGAUUGCAUGUGUGCUUCUCGUGCGUGUCUCUCCUGCACCAAGAGCUAACCCCGUGAAACCGACGCCCUUGUCUGCUGGGUUAUUUCCCCGCCCGUGAAGGUUGCGAGAUUGGGUUGUGAUCGCGUGGUGGUGUUCGUUGUGUGAAGUGUGACAACUUUCUUGUCCAGCGUAUAGACUUUCGAAAACUAUGGCAAAGUUCUCAGCCCAGAUUGUGGUGGCGUUCAUGGUGUUGUUGGCGCAACAAGUUCGUGCUGAAAGUGGAUGGAACGAAGCUCAUGCUACAUUUUACGGUGGUAGCGAUGCCGGUGGCACAACAGGUGGUGCUUGCGGGUACGGAGAUCUCUACAGCACUGGCUAUGGCACCAGCACAGUCGCCAUAAGCUCAGCUCUUUUCGACCGUGGCCUCGCAUGCGGUGCGUGCUACCAGGUGAAGUGUGCGGGGAGUUCCUCCGAGUGCCGCUCUGACAGCCCAGCUAUUCAAGUUACUGUCACCAACUUCUGCCCUCCUAAUCCCUCCUUGCCUGAAGACAACGGCGGAUGGUGCAACCUCCCUCUGCAUCAUUUCGACAUGUCCAUGCCUGCCUUCGAGCAAAUCGCAACUUACAAGGCCGGCAUUGUGCCUGUGAUGUACCGAAGGACUUCUUGUGUAAGGACUGGUGGCAUUCACUUCACCAUGAGCGGUCACAACUUCAUGAACUUGGUGCUUGUCACCAACGUCGGAGGCAUGGGGGACGUGCAAUCCGUGUCCAUUCGAGGUUCCAAAACUAGUUGGGUGACAAUGACCAGGAACUUUGGGCAGAUAUGGCAGAGUACCGUCAACAUGAGCGGCCAGAGCCUCUCCUUUAUGGUGACGACUAGCGACGGCAAGACUGUGGUCUCCAACAACGUAGCGCCUCCCGAUUGGGCGUUCGGCCAAACAUACGAAGGAUCGCAAUUCUGACUCCAAAUCAAAGACGUAGAAUGUCUACUAAACCAUUCCUGACUUGCAUCAGCUCCAUGUUCACUUGAACAUUCAGGAGGAUCAGUGCAUUGGGUGAAUUCAUUUUUGAAGUUAUUGAAGCAAUGGGUGCCACAUUGGCUAAUGCGGUGUUAGAGCUAUAGCCAUCCAUGGCCCACGGUGAGGAUGCUAAGUACGGCAACCCAAUGUGGUGGAGAAUUAUUAAUAUGUGUAUAUGCAGUAGACAGUCCAGAUCUGAAGAAGAGUAGGAGCUUAGGUUAUCUAGUCUGAGUGGCCGGUACAACACCCCUAAAAUCGUUCAAGCUUGUACAUUGUCGGUGUCUCUUUCCACUGUGGUCUUCACCUUUCCUUUCAAUGCAACAGUUGAAACUAAGUCCCUUGUACUUAACGCGGUGCAUUUGUAUCCGUUGUGUUUCAGUGAAUAAUAUCACGUUGUGAAGUGUGGAUAGUAGAGAUUUAA